AAAAAAAAAAGGGUGGAAACCUCAUGGCCAAGUUGUAGAAAAAAUAACUGAAAUGUGCCUGUCCUGGGGCGGGAGUCCCUCCCCUCGGCCAGUCGCGCGGAGCAAGCAGCGCCCCAGGUGCAGAACUCGCGUGGUCCGGGCGCCUUGGGAACCCCCGCCGCCGCGUAUCGUCCUAGGCAGGUCGCCACCGCUGCGCCCACCCAGAAGGCGAUGAGCAGCCCCAACGACACGUCCCUGUCCCCGAACCCCGAGCCUAAACCAGGGAUGUCAUAUGGAGUAAUGGACUUUGCCAUCAUUGCAGCUGUGAUUGCAGCAGUGGCCUUGGUCCUGGUCUGCCUCCUCUUCAUCAUGCUUCGCUACCUGUACCGGCACAAGGGUACCUACCACACCAACGAGGCCAAAGGCACAGAGUUUGCAGAAAGUGCCGAUGCAGCCCUGCAGAGUGACCCAGCCCUCCAGGAUGCUGGUGACAACAGCAAGAAGGAGUACUUUAUCUGAGGGGCAGCAGACUUCACCUCCCUGAAGUCUGCCUCUGGCUACAGGAGACAAAGUACACCCACUACCUGCCACCAUUACCAGCCCUGAGGAAGCCCUGAAGGGUACCCCAAGACUCACACUGUAGAACACUGGGUACCUGCCAGGGAGCAGAUGCAGGUAUGAGGGCUCAAGAUGCAGGGCACCUCUCCUAGGGAUAGGGACUCAAAUGGCCACCCACAGGCCAGCUUUGGCUCUGCCAGGAAGAGAGAACAUCUGGACAUACAAGUCUCCUUGAGCAAUACAGAUGUCAUCUCACCAGCAUGAAAGCCCUCCAGGAUGAGGGUGGGGGUGGGCCUGGAAGUAGGGAUGCAUGGAAGGGAGACAUCCAUAAACUAACUGGGGAUAAUGGCAUCAAAUGUCAGUCCUUGACAUUUGGGGAAACAGCAGGUUCCAGAGGUAAAAGGCAUCUUUGUCUCACAUUGAUCCAGCUCAAAAUGAUUACAAAUAAAUUUGAAAUGUAACCAAGU